UUCACCUGUGCAGUUGCCAUGGAGCAUCUAAAACAAAUCAAAAGCACCUCAAUAAUGUAAAUAGAUUGAAUUCCUCGGAAUUUCUCGUUUUUUCGAAAAAAAAAAUUGAAGUUUAUGGCAUCAUGGAGUGGGGCAAUGAGCUGGAGCCGGUGACUAAAAAGAAUUAUUUGCAGCAGCUGAUACCGAGAUUAGGGAGGAGAGCGGGUCAUAAUGUCAAUCAGGAUGAGGGAAGGUUUGAUGAUGACAUCCUGGAGAGUCCUGGCACUGGAGUCUCCUCUGGAACAUCUGGAAAAACCAUUCAGGUACCUGUCGCACCCCCUAGGACCCGAAAGACCGGAUGGAGUGACGAGUUGAAAAGUGCUAAAGGAAGAUCUGCUCACAUCGCAGAACAGAGUAAAACUCGAAAAUCAAACGGGGAAGAAUCGAUAGACGAUAUUCCAAUAAUCCCCGACGCCGAGGAAUUUCACGAGGAGAAUUUAACAGAAGCCCCUGCGAUCCCCUCAGGAGGAAAUCGCGUGGCAGCUUAUCAAGAGCUGGAUACGGACUUACUGAAAAAUGCCUCCUUUGCAUUCCUGGAUGAUGUCAAUCUCUCUCUUCUGACGGAGAGGAUGUACCCAGAGAAAAGCGUUCAAGAGCCCGACGAAGUGUGGAAUUGGGAGUCGAUGUUUAUUCAGGUUUCCUCAGAACUAAACAGUGAAGCCCAGAAGAAAAAUGAGACAUAAAAAUUACAGUAGAAUAUUUAUUGCCUUCAAUUGUUCACAAUUACAAUGAGUUAUUAUAAUAAUCUUUUGUACCAAUCAUUAUCCAUUAGGUAUUUCACAUCUCCAUUGUAUUUUAUAAAUAAAUAAC